UGCCCACAUACCACACUAAGUAACUGCUCUGAGUCUCUUUUUCUUGUUCUAUAUAUACUCUAACAAGGAGUACUGUUAGAGAUGCCAAAACCUGAACUUCUCUCUCAACAAACUGUGUUGGAAACUCAAGAGAGAUGCCGUCUUCCCAUGUUGUGAAUGGUGACAAUAGUGUUCACAGCUACUCCAAGCACUCCAUCUAUCAGCGACAGGCUGAAGAUGUUGUGAGAGAGAAAAUACGCAAAGCAAUCGUAGAGAAGCUAGAUGUAAGAAAUUUUUCUUCUACUUCAAACACAAUUUGUGUAGCAGAUUAUGGAUGUGCAGUUGGAGACAAUACCUUCAUUUCCAUGCAACAUACAUUAGGUGCUAUUAAACAAAAGUUCUACUCUCAAUGCCCUAAAUCCGAGACGCCCGAAUUUCAAGUCUUUUUGAACGAUCAAGUCUCGAACGAUUUCAAUGCUCUCUUCACACUCAUUCCCCAGGAAAAGCAAUACUUUGUGGCUGGAGUACCUGGUUCCUUUCACAACCAGUUAUUCCCAAAAUCAUCGAUCCACUUCGCUCAUACGUCUUGUUCACUCCACUGGCUCUCUGAGAUGCCGGAAGGGUUGGAAGAUGUCGAUUCUCCGGCGUAUAAUAAGGGAAGGAUACACUACGCCGGUUGUCCAGAUGAAGUAGUGAGAGCUUAUGCAUCACAAUUUGAUAAAGACGCCGAGAAAUUUUUGAAGGCUAGAGCAGAUGAGCUCGUGCCCGGAGGGAUGCUAGUUAUUACCAUGCCAGGUAUCCGCGAUGGGAUGCCUUGUAUCGAGACACCUAUUGGGUUGAUGCAUGAUUUCAUGGGAUCCAUUUUCAUGGAUAUGGCAAAAGAGGGAUUAGUAAGUGAAGCAGAUGUGGAUUCAUUCAACUUACCGAUUUACUCCGCCUCCCCAGGAGAGAUGUUGGGAUUAGUAGAAAGAAAUGGAGAGUUCAACAUUGAGAGAUUGGAGCUAGCAGACCCGACACCUCGCUUGGACGAUCCGGUUGACAUGGAAGCAUGGACCUUGCAUGUUCGGGCAGCCAUGGAUGGAAUGUUCAUGAACCACUUCAAGAUUGAAGUUGUUGAUGAAAUGUUCGAACGUCUUAUUGGAAAACUUGAUGAGCUUUCUCCCCUGGUGGAAUCCUGUAAGAAGGACGCAGCUCAGCUAUUUGUUGUUUUGACUCGUAAAUGACACCCCCAGCAUGCCACUUUACAACCGUUGGGUCAGAUCUAAAUUUUGGGUCACCAACCCACUCUGACGACGGGCAUAACAAUGUUUCUUUGCCCAUGCGCAUCAUCGUUGUUGGUUUUUUUUUUUCCCUUUUUUUUUUUUUUUGUGUCUUUGUGUUCUUGCUUUGUUCCUUGAACGAUUGGUGGAGAAAGUGAAGGUGGGUAGUAUAUGUCUAUAAGAGAUGAUUUUCAUUUGUGUUUGUUGACAUUAUCUUUUUAGGUGUUUGUAAUGAUUAUUUUUGUUUACUUUAAUUGAGGUCC